GGUCCUCAUCUGAUCAUCAUCCGUGAUCGUUCUCUGCGUAUAUCCUUUCUUGUCCAAAAAAGAUCUCAUCAUUACCUUAAUAUCAUCAUGACCAGAAUUUUUACACUUCUUCCACUUGUUCUAUCUCCCUUUUUGAUCGGGGCGUUCAAUUGGCGCAAUGGAUUCCAGUUUCUAGACAAUCCUGCUGUGACAAAUUCACCAUGCACAAAGGAAGAAAUCCAGGGCUUCAUUGGUGAUGUUUUUACAGGCUUCGAUAACAGAAGGGUGGACGAUGUAUUCGACAGGAUGGAUUCGGAGGUCAUAUUCAAAAGUCCAGUUUGCCCUGGCGGCAUACGACCGACUCGCAUCGCCAUGGCAGCCUUCAUGCCAGGCAAGGUCUUGAGCACGGAAAUCGGGACGUUGUAUUGCGAGAGCCCCUCAACUGCCAAAGAGAGAAAUGGGAAGACGGUCAAGGUUGCCAUCGUAGGUGCCGUGGCUGCGAAGCCCGACCAUCACAAUGUUCUCUACGCGCGCAUCACUUUAGGGAGAGACAACCAAAACAAAAUCAAAGUCUUAGAAUAUGAAGAGUUAGAGCCGCCAAGCGCUCAAAACGAUUUCCCCCCUGAGUGCACUCAGCAGUGAAUAUGCUAAGAAAUAACAUCGAAGAAUCACAAAUCAGGGGAUGAUAGAGAUAUAUAGAAUGAUGCUGUACAACCAAUAGAAUUGUGUAUUUGAAAGCUGGAUAUUGGGAAAACAGUAAAUUUUCUGAAAUGUUGGAUUAUGUUC